GUAAAACACAGUCCACAAGAACUAUAACUAUUUAUCUGCCCUAAAAUUUAAAUACGCGUCUGCUACGCCAUCCUCACAUUAAAUUUCACCAUUAAUGUCAAAUACCUAAGCUAUUAUGUCACUGUAGUGAUUUGGUUCACUUGUUUUUGACUUAUUCAAAAACAAAAAUGGGCGGCUACAGUGGCGAUUCUUCAAAAUCUUCAGCUGAAUCUAGCUUUCGAGAACUUGAUGAUGUGUUCUUGCAGACUCAAACAAGGAUAUGGCUUGGGGAAGUGUUGAAAAUGAGAUUGGAUGGACCCUUACAUAUUUCUGAUUUGCUUGCUGAUGGAGAUCUUUUGUUUGAAGUUGCCAAAGAUUUAUGGAAUAUGCUAUUGGCAAAGUGCGGAGAGCUAAGACAUAUGAAGUAUGAACCACUUGGAUCACGGAGAUGCAGUGGAAGAUAUAUGCCAUAUUCUAAUGUUGACUCAUUUUUGAAGAUCUGCAAAAUACUGGGAUUAAAUGGUAUUGAUCUCUUCUCCCCAUCAGAUGUCGUUGAGAAAAAGAACAUUCGGAAAGUUUGCAUUUGCUUAAGGGCACUCUCAAAUAAGGCCCGUUCCAAACAAUUGAAGGUUCCUGACUUCGACUUGGUGACCUCUACGGUAGUCAUGCCAAAAAAUAUGGUGGGUGGCAUUCGAAGAAGCUUGGAGACAUCACAGGGCAGCCUUUCAAGUUCUUCUGGUUAUUACUCAUAUAAAGAAACAAGAUCAAAACUUACGGAGAGAAAUAAAAUCACAGAGUCUGAAGCAAACUAUGAUUCUUCAUCUGAAGAGUCUGAUGAGGCUGAGAGCAAAUUUGUGGGAGAAGAGUCUUGUUGCUCAUCUAUGAAUCAGCUUGAAGAUGGUAAUGCCACAGAUUCAGAUGCAGACAAUUCUAUUGGUGAAUAUUCAGCUGUUAGCAAGAAUGGAAGAGAGAAAAACAGAACUUCUCUAGGAAAUGGAGGGAAAUAUAUUAGUCCCAAUGAUAAGAUACACUUUGAUUAUAGUAACCUUAAUGCGGAAAAUGAUGAGUCAAUUGUUGGAGAUUCUAUGUAUGAUAACGAAAUGGAAGGUAGUUGUAUUUCCAACUACUUAUCAUUCUCAGAUUCAAUUAUUGGUGGAACUGAUGGUAGUACGCCUGUUUUGCGGGAAGGUGAAGAUAAUAUUUUGAACUUAUUUAUGGCAAUUGAUUCUCAUAGACCAAAUUCCGGUAAAGGGACUUUCCAGAAUGGACAUCAGCAUAAAUAUUCUGAUAAUGAAGACGCCGAAGUUUCAUCAACCACUAGCAUGAGCUCUGUACUAGGUCGGGUGCAUGCUUUGGAUUUUGAUGACCAAUUUGAUGCAGACGAAUGUUUAACAGAAGAAACGUCUGGUUCCUUGCUGGAAAAUGAGGCUGAUCGGCAGCAUAAGGAUUUAUCUGCAAGUCAUGAAGCAUGGAGUGUUGCAACUACUGAACUUGUUUUUCAUGAUACCAAGGAACCUUCUGUGGUAAAGCCUAAAAUUUCUGCCAGUCUCAGUGAGCUCACAUAUCCCGGUUCAGAUGAACUGCUAUCUGCUUCCGCACAGCCUCUUACAGAUAAAUUUGUUUCAUUGCAUAGAAAUAACUCAAAUUACUUUGAUCCAGAUGUAGAUAUCAAGGUUGGAAGAAGUAAAGAUAUGGUUUGUCUUGAUACUGCUGCAUGGAAAAAUAAUCUUAAGAAUGUGUCUUUAGUUGACAGAAGUGAAGGAUGUGAUGGUGAUUCACAGUAUCUCAAAUUUGUUUCUGAGGUUGUCAGUAGUACAUGUGAACCAUCCAUGACUUUGGAUGGUGUUGACAUGGAUCGGAAUUCCAUUAUUUCUGCAAAUUGUUGUGAACAUAUCGAAAAAGGGCACCCCUGUUCCUGCUCUGUCUACAGUUCAGGUGAUGCAAAUGAAGUAUGUGAACCAACACUUUCAGGAGAUGAUGGUGACAGAAAGCAUAAAGUUUCACAUGCUUUGGAGCAAAAUGCUUCAAAGGGAAGUCAAGAAACAGAUGCUGGUGAAUUAAAAGACAAACGUCGACAGAGGCCAUUGCUAAAAACAGUUGCUAGAGGCACUGCACUUGUUGGUGUUUUGUAUCUGUUACUGCAUUUCAGUCGUAGGAGAAACAAACAGGAGGAAGGCAGUGAAGCCGACAGUAAACGAACACAAAGUAAGAAGUUUCGUGGCAGAGAUUUUUCGUAUGGGCAUGGACAUGGACAAAAUGGACGUAGACUCGAUAGUGUAUACCCUUCUGAAAAACUCAAGUUCAAGAAUUAGAUUCUGCAUCUGAGAGACUUGUAAGAAGCAGGGCUGAUUUUUCAUAUGUUAAGCCCAUUUCAUUGUAUUUUUUACUGUAGAAUAAACAUGAGGUUUAGUUCAUAAGUUCAAAGAAAAAAAAAGCUAAGCUACUUCCAUAAUAGAUUAGAAAAACAAAUAGCUACUUCCAUUAGUUACAUGUAAUUUUGAUGGAAUUAACAGCUUCAAUUAAUGAGUACUCAUUCGUUAACUA